CGGCAACUCAAGGAUCUCAUAGAGAAGGGUUGGAUCCGGCCUAGUGUUUCCCCUUACGGAUCUCCUGUUCUAUUUGUACAAAAGAAGAGAGGAACCUUGAGGAUGUGCAUUGACUAUAGGGGCCUCAAUGCCAUCACAGUGAAGAACGUCGAGCCCCUAUCGCGCAUCGAUGACUUGCUGGACCGAGUGCAAGGGUGUCGGUACUUCAGUAAGAUAGAUAUGAAGUCCAGGUACCAUCAGAUUGCCAUCCGGCCCGAGGAUCAACACAAAACCGCAUUUCAGACCAAGUACGGUCUGUACGAGUUUGUGGUGAUGCCUUUCGGCCUUUGCAAUGCUCCUGGCACCUUUCAGCAUGCGAUGAACCGGAUAUUCCAUGACUACUUGGACAAGUUUGUCAUCGUGUACCUAGAUGACAUACUUAUCUUUAGUAGGACUGUCAAGGAGCAUGUAACACACUUAGAUAAAGUCCUUAGUCUCCUCAGACAGCACCAGUUCAAGAUCAACUGGGAGAAGUGUGAGUUUGGCCGCACCCGGAUCUUGUACCUGGGUCAUGAGAUUUCCGCGGAGGGUUUGAAGCCCGAUGACGCGACGGUGGCCAGCAUUCGUGACAGGCCGCGUCCUCAGUCUGUGACUGAGAUGAGGUCCUUCUUAGGGAUGACAGGCUACUACCGCAACUUUAUUAAGAAUUAUAGUAUAGCGGUCGCCCCUUUGACGGAUCUAACAUGCCUUGACACCCCAUGGGAGUGGACAGACAGGGAUGUCAGAUUCACCAUUGAUUUGUGGAAGGCUGCAGCUGCAGAACAGGGAAAACAAUUGCAGAUGACUUAUGGGAACCACCCAGAGGCAAAUGGCCAAGCAGAGCAGCUGAACCAUGUUGUACAACACCUGUUGCGGCACUACAUUAAGCCCAAUCAGGCGGACUGGAAUGAGAAACUUGCUCUUAUCGCCAGCCUGUACAACAAUGCUGUGCACAACGCCACUAGGACUGAUGAUGAUGAUAGUAAUGAUGAUAGCGAUGAUGGUGAUGAUGUUGAUAAUGAUGAUGAUGAUGAUGAUGAAGAUAACGAUGGUGAUGUCAGUAAUGAUGAUGAUGAUGAUGAUGAUGAUGAUGAUGAUGAUGAUGAUGAUGAUGAUGAUGAUGAUGAUGAUGAUGAUGAUGAUGAUGAUGAUGAUGAUNUGAUGAUGAUGAUGAUGAUGAUGAUGAUGAUGAUGAUGAUGAUGAUGAUGAUGAUGAUGAUGAUGAUGAUGAUGAUGAUGAUGAUGAUGAUGAUGGUAAGGAUGGUGACGCAUAGCACCCUAUGAUGACUACAAGAUGAUGAUGGUGUGAUGACGAGCUCCUUGGAUAAUAACCUAAAGAUGAUGAUGAUGAUGAUGAUGAUGAUGAUGAUGAUGAUGAUGAUGCGCAAAGCCCUAUGAUGACGUCAAGUUUUGUCACCUGUGCCGUAUGAUGGAGAGAAAUUUGACAAUGGUGAUACAACGGUGAGUGACGAGCAGCUCCCCUGAUGCACGACUCCUUGAUAGUAGUAAUGAUAUUAGCGCCGAACAGGAGUAAAGACAUACUCCUUAA